AACUACACUCCCCACAACCCCUUGCGCCUCCGGCUCGCUGCGGUUGCUUAUGGCCAAUCGGGAGCGGCAGCUGUGGCGGGGGCCGAGGAGGGACAUUUUAAAAGGGCCGGAGAUUGCGGGCGUCAUUGGCCAUGGCGGAUACAGCGACUACAGCGUCGGCACCGGCCGCUGGUGCCGCGAACGCCUCAACAGAUGCACCUCCUUUCCAGCUGGGCAAGCCCCGCUUCCAGCAGACUUCCUUCUAUGGCCGCUUCAGGCACUUCUUGGAUAUCAUCGACCCUCGCACACUCUUUGUCACUGAGAGACGUCUCAGAGAGGCUGUGCAGCUGCUGGAGGACUACAAGCAUGGGACCCUGCGCCCUGGGGUCACCAAUGAACAGCUCUGGAGUGCACAGAAAAUCAAGCAGGCUAUUCUCCAUCCGGACACCAACGAAAAGAUCUUCAUGCCCUUUAGAAUGUCAGGUUACAUUCCUUUUGGGACGCCAAUUGUAGUUGGUCUUCUCUUGCCCAACCAGACACUGGCCUCCACUGUCUUCUGGCAGUGGCUGAACCAGAGCCACAAUGCUUGUGUCAACUAUGCAAACCGCAAUGCUACCAAGCCUUCACCCACAUCCAAGUUCAUCCAGGGCUACCUGGGAGCCGUCAUCAGUGCUGUCUCAAUUGCAGUGGGCCUUAAUGUCCUGGUUCAGAAAGCCAACAAGUUCACCCCUGCCACUCGCCUUCUUGUCCAGAGAUUCGUGCCGUUCCCUGCUGUAGCCAGCGCCAAUAUCUGCAACGUAGUCCUGAUGCGGUAUGGGGAGCUAGAGGAAGGGAUCGAUGUCCUGGAUGGUGAUGGCAACCUCGUGGGCUCCUCCAAGAUCGCAGCCAGACACGCCCUGCUGGAGACAGCGCUGACGCGUGUGGUCCUCCCCAUGCCCAUCCUGGUGCUACCCCCGAUCGUCAUGUCCAUGCUGGAGAAGACAGCUCUCCUGCAGGCACGCCCCCGGCUGCUCCUCCCUGUGCAAAGCCUCGUGUGCCUGGCAGCCUUCGGCCUGGCCCUGCCGCUGGCCAUCAGCCUCUUCCCGCAGAUGUCAGAGAUUGAAACAUCACAAUUGGAGCCUGAAAUUGCCCGGGCCACCAGCAGCCGGACAGUGGUGUACAACAAGGGGCUGUGA